UUUCUGCCGUUGCCGCGUGUACUGAUCCCUCUAAGCGUUCGUAUUAGUGAACUUCGUCUUUAGGGAUAUGUGCGGUAGCAGAUGUAGGCUCCUCCUCGCGCUGGGCGCUCCAGUCUAGAGCACAUAGCGGCACGGAUACUAUGAAAGGGCUUCACGGUUUCGAAGGUGGAGGAUAUGCAUGCUGCAAGAGGAACGGAGAAGACCCAACAGUCGGUGAUACUUGUAAUAAGCAUCCAUUACCAUCCUGGAGCCAGGUGGUGAGCGGUCUGUUCAACUCGGUGUUCAGCCUGGGGCUGGUCGCCUGCAUCGUGAGCCACUACAGGAUGGGCGCCCGGUCGUGGAGUGAGCGGCGCAGUCGGCCGGCGCCCCACGACCCGCAGCCCUACCAGCACGUGCUCCUGCCGCCCGUGCAGUCGGCGCUGUACUCGUCUGCCAGCGCGGCGGAGCGCCAGCGGGCCGCCCUGGCCGCGGCGCGCGACGCCCAGGUGCGCGCGGCGUCGGUGCGCACCGACUUGGCGCUCGAGCUGCCUCCGACGGCGCUGCCCGAGGAGCACGCCGGCAGCGUGCGGCUCCGCGACGCCGACCAGGAGCAGGAGCUGUACGGCGCGUGCGUUCGCGCGCCGCCCAACCGGACGGUGCGCGACGGGAGCCCGCCGUGCGGCGGCGGCGGCGGCCGGCUGCGCCGCGUCGUCGUGCGCUCCAACUCGGUGACCCCCUGCAACCGGACUGCGCGCUGGCACAGCCCGGACUGCCAGCGGCCCGGGGGCGUUUGACCCCGCGCCCCGCGCUAUCUGUCUUUCAAUGGGCCAUGUGAUACGCUUCAGUGCCUGCCCCCCGUCGGGCCGCCCGCCCCCCUCUUUGUACAAACACGCCGGAGGGAAGAAGAACAAAGUAAACGUGACGAAGGCAUUGCCAGCGCCUGCCCAGGGGACUGACCCUGCGGUCCAUGGUACAAAUGUCUUCACAAUUAACUCUCAAGCAUUCCUAGUCAUGUUGUUGCUUCUGCUGCGAAUAGUGCAAGUCUUAGACGAUACCAAAUGGGCAAGGACCGCCGCCGAGAGGACUUCGCAAGUGUGUUCGCUGGUCUGUGUGCCCAAAGCCAAGCCCGUGUCUUACUUGCAUUCGACAAGCCUGUGUACAAAGGCAUUCUUUAGCAAAAUAAUUGGAUGCACGUUCUAGUAAAACACACCGUAUUUUUUUUUCGCUUUUCUUUCACGUGUAUGUUGAGUAAACUUUGGGGCAAAACUCAGUAGCGUACAAUUUUUUUUUAGAACGCAUACAUAUACUCACGGCUUCAAGUAUUGUUUACACAAUUGGCUAUAAAACUGUGUUUUGCCCUCAAUAUAGACAGCCCUUGUCACUGGUCUUAUCAGCGAAUUAAUGACAGGCAAGCUUAGUCCACCUUGUUUUAACCCUUUGAAAAGCUUAAUAAGGCCUUUGGACUUUUGAGGAGUACUUUGGACCCUUUUCUUUUUGUACGUUCAGUUGUUGUGUUGCACUGUGUGCGGAGCAGUUCUUGCGUUUUGUUUUGAAAGAGCCUUGAAGAAGAUCAGCACGAAUUAUGCCGCUGUUUGCUGACGCACUACCAGUUGAGUUUGCCAGCAACUGACUCGUUGAAGGAAAACUGUUAGUCACCAGGGUGAUGGCCUCCCCUGCGAUAGAGCAUUUGUGAAGAUAUUUUUCCAUGAUCAUUCGCGCUUGGUUCCUGCAAAGCUCAGUAGGAAAAGAGUGGGCCGACUGAGGGGCAGUUGUUGCGCAUGCAACAGAUGUGUAUAUAUUGUCCAACGCCUAUUACUUGUAGAGUUCACCAUGUCAUCAUGACUGUCUAUAUUCAUCAUUAAAAAAUAACUGUACUUGUUCAUGAACUCCAGGCACAUUAUUCAGUGGCUGCAAAGUAUUCCCUCAUUUUAAGCAGUCUGUGCUACUAUCUUGGUUACAGAUAUAUUUCUCAGUUGUGGUUCCCAUGCCGAGUUGUACAGAUUGCAAUCCCUGGCCUUGUGGGCUGCGGUUCUCGCUGAGGUGCGGAAGAAGGAAUCGUGGCUCCUGCAGCUACUGCGACACGCUGCUCUACUGGCUGGCUAUCCCGCAUUAAAAAAAAAAGAACAAAAAAACUCUGUCCGGAGAGAAGUGGUCAUAGUCGUUGCAAUGGCAGAAUAAAAGACUGCAUGAAUCCUAAUGUUUGGGUCCUGCGACGGCCGUCAUGGUUGGGGCUCUAUGCAAGUCACACCCAGCUGUCAGAAUCGACAUCUCUCUUGGUUAGCACCACUCCUGUCUGCUUGGACGCCAAUGCAAAACUCGGCUUUCCCUGCAGCGUAGGCGAACCACCUGUGAGAAGAAAAAAAACUGCCUUCUGCAGAUUGUGUUUGUUCCUAAGAAAACGAGCGUGUGGUAUAUUUUGUAGCACAUGUGUGUAUUCUACAGAUUAUGCCCCGCAUUCGUAAAUUGUUCUUGUAGCAACCGAUGUAGCGAAAACGAAGCAUGAUUGACAGCACACUGAGGACUUUUGCUGGACUAAUUGAUGCUGCUGGUGCAGUGGCUGCUAUGCAACAUUUUUGUUUUCUUGUUGACGCCACUAUGUGUUCAAAUUAGGGUGGCAGCUGUGUUUCGUUGUGCUGACACAGUUUUGAAAUGCAAAAUAUGAACUUUGCUUUUCAUACCUCACUAGUCAUACGUGUGAACUUAAGUGUAUACAGUGGUGUCGUGGCACAAAAAAAAAGAGAAAAAAAAACGGCGCGGUAGUCAGGAUUAUGGUUCGCUUAGCGCUGCCCUGGAAGAAAGAACAGCUGCGCCUUUGCGUCACGCGACCGGUUCGAUAAGGCUGCCCAGUUAAGCGACUCCGGGCAUUUUUCGUUUCUUUUUUGUUAUCACAGCAACUCGCGGGGUCGCUGUACAAUACGAGUCGUAAGCAAGGACACUGCGAGUUCAGACGUCUACGCAAGCGCCGAUUUACGAAAGCGCGAGUUGAGGCCUGGUACUCGAUUCGAACAAUACAAAUGCCAGCGGGAUAACCGAAGAAACUUUUCAACAUCUACAGCACGAUCGGCUAGCAUUACAGUGCGAACGAACGGCAAACCGCUGCGGGCGCAGUGAAUGCGGGCUUAAAGAUGGCCCAUCCGUUUACGAAAAGUCUAUCUUUGAAUGCCGUGCGCAAGUGCCCCGUGACCCUGUACUCCCAAAGGGCAGGCGCUUCAUCGGGCGGACGUAAUUCUGUCGACCAUGCGCGUAAGAUGUGCGCGAAAACACGGUACAGCAGCCAGUGCUUAUCGCAUCGAAUAAAGUUCACGUAUUUCAGUGCGGACAUUUCCACUGCAUCAGUGGACACGAAGCUCAUUUCUGCGCUCUCGGACGUUAGCGGAUUGUUGAAUUCGCCGCGACAACAGUGGCGUCGUACGCCAUACUUUUGCCUGGAUAACGAUUCUCGAGUGGCGUCGCGAAUGGAGUGCUCGGAAGACGUUUCGAAAUUGCCGGAAGUAGUCGUUGUCAAUUGCUGUUUCUAUCAUUUCGCUUUCUUAGUGCUGCUGCUCUGAAUUGAUGCGGAGCGUAUGCGAGGUCGCCGCACAAAGGCUGUGUGUCGGGAAUGUCGGCAGCCUUUUGCCGCGCCUGUUGUGGAGGUCGAAAAGCAAGGUUGCCGGGACACAUUGCCAGACGCAUGCUAGCUUUUGCGGCUGGUGCUUCAGAGAGCGUGCGCGCGAAAGAGGUGCUUGUACAACUGUGUGACUGAUGUAUCCCUUGCCUAAGGGGCCUGGAGUUGGUUUAAAUAAACGGAUAAAAAUACGGC